AUGGAAAUUCGAAUAACACGUUUAACGACCCUUUGGCCUUCAAUCCAUCAUUUUCAGGUCAUUUUGUUAUUCUGUACAAGUUUACUAUGCUUGCAACCACCUACCGAUUGUCUCAGGAAUUUGGGAAAUGAAACUGAUCGACUUGCACUCCUGGAAUUCAAAUCCAAGAUAGGCAAUGAUCCACAUGACGUCUUCAGCUCCUGGAAUGAUUCUGUCAACUUCUGCAAAUGGCAGGGGAUUACUUGUGGUCGAAAACACCACAGAGUUACAUCUCUAAACGUGUACGGGCUGAGCUUGUCUGGAACCAUUUCUCCGUUUAUAGGGAACCUCACCUUCUUAAGGUUCCUCAAUCUUCGCAACAACAGCUUCCAUGGUGAAAUUCCUCAAGAAGUUGGCCGCUUGUCCCGACUGAGACACCUCAACCUGACAGAUAACAGAUUGGGAGGUGAAAUUCCACUUAACAUCACCUGCUGCUCAGAGCUCCGAAUCCUGAUAUUGGCUAGAAAUAGAUUUGUGGGUAAAAUUCUCGAUGAACUUGGCUCUUUGAAAAAGCUUGUGUCACUUGACCUCUACGGAAAUAAUCUCACAGGAGAGAUCCCACAUUCAUUUGGAAACCUUUCGUCCUUCAAACAUUUAUCUGUAGCUGUCAAUAAUCUGGCUGUAAAUAUUCCAAACAAGUUGGGGCAAUUGACGGGCUUAACUUUCUUCUCGGUUGGAGUAAAUAAUCUAAUAGGUACAAUCCCUGGCGCCCUGUACAAUAUCUCAUCUAUCAAUGUCUUUUCUGCGCCAGAUAAUCAGUUGAAAGGGAGUCUUCCAGCGAACAUAGGCCUCACUCUUCGAAAUCUGCAAGAUUUCUACAUUGGUGGAAACCAAUUUUAUGGAGCUAUUCCAAGUUCAUUCACCAAUGCUUCUCAGCUUGAAAUAUUUGACAUCUCUGCCAACUUUUUCACAGGACAAGUUCCAAACAAUUUUGGAGAUUUAAGGGAUCUGCAGCAGGUGAAUUUCGAAUUCAAUUUUCUGGGCAGAGACACAAGUCAAGAUUUGAGUUUUAUAACAUCUUUGUCAAAUUGCAGCAAUCUAGAAAUUCUAUCUUUUGCUAAAAAUAAUUUUGGCGGUGUAUUACCUGCAGCCCUAGCCAAUUUGUCAACCAAACGGAGCCUAUUAGGGGCUGGAGGCAAUCGAAUGUCUGGAAGACUUCCAUCGGAGGUUGGGAAUCUUGUGAAUUUGUAUGCAUUAGGCUUGGAGGAAAACCAUUUUUCUGGUACCAUACCAAUUUCUUUUGGGAAGCUUAGAAAGUUGCAAAAACUGUAUUUGCAUACAAACCUAUUAUCUGGACAAAUCCCGCCAUCCUUAGGUAUCCCAGAACUGCAGCAACCAGAAUGCCCCAUCAAGCGAAAGAAACACAAAAAUUCUCCUCUUGCCAUUAUCCUUGCAACAGUUAUCAGUUCAAUUGUGCUCUUCAUGGCGAUAACAUCUUUAAGGGUUUUCUGCUGGCGAAAAUCAAGAAAGAAUCCAUCAUCCAGUCCUUUUUAUAGUAAUAGCCAGCCAAGGAAUUUAAACCUUCUUCAAAGGCUUCGGGUCGCCAUUGAUUUGUCAUCUGCAUUGCAUUACCUUCAUGACCUUUGUGAAACGCCAAUCAUUCACUGCGACCUAAAGCCAAGCAAUAUUCUGCUAGACAAUGACAUGACUGCUCAUGUUGGUGAUUUCGGAUUAGCAAGGCUUCUUUCCAAAACCUCAAGCAACUCUUCUCAGGACCAAACGAGCUCCAUUAGGAUAAAGGGAACAAUCGGCUAUAUGCCUCCAGAAUAUGGAAUAGGUGGCGAGCCAACAACAUAUGGGGAUGUGUAUAGCUUUGGAAUAAUUUUGUUGGAGAUUAUCACAGGACGGAGACCAAUUGAUGAAGUGUUCACAGAUAGUUUGAAUCUCCACAACUUUGUUAGGUCUAAGCUACCGGGACAAGUAAUGCAGGGAGAAGUGGGAGCAGAAGAGAUUGUUGAAGACAAUGAGAGUAAUGAUGUUCAAACAGAAAUCCAAGAAAAUAAUGUCAAUAUUGAAAAUUUGAAAUUACAGGGAAGCAAUGUGCAAAAAUGUGUUGUAUCAGUCCUCAAAAUAGGACUCGCAUGCUCGGUAGAACUACCAGGAGAUCGAAUGAAUAUGACCGAUGUCACAAGAAAAUUAAUCAUUAUUACAGAGGCCUUUCUUCGUGCAAGGACUCACACAGAACGGCAAAUUGUAAACCACAAUUAGAGGAAUAAGCUGUGGCAUUCAAGCAUGUAGGCCUCCACUAACAUCAGCUUUUGGAUCUCACUGAAUUUCAAGAAUAAGUGUUAUAUGAACAUCAAUCUGCAGCAAAUAAACCUCAAGUUCUACCUCGUGCACUGUCUGCGAGGAUUUUCUAAUAUUUUCUUUCAACUAAAU